AUCUGAUUUUACAAUCUAUAUCCUUUUAGAAUCAACCUCACUCUUCCUUUAGUUGCACUCUGAUAGAAGAUAUGGGUGGUUUCACUUUUGCACACGUCAGUCUCAUCCUGAUUGUGGCUGCUUCCACCUUGGCAGUUUGUUCGGCCAACAAAUACGCCCCUCACCCAAAAUAUAGUCAAGGCCCUAACAAGAUCAUCGUUGGCGGGUCGGAGGGCUGGCGCUUCGACUUUAGCUACACUAACUGGGCUCGUAAAAAUGGCCCCUUCUACGUAAAUGACACUUUGGUUUUCAAGUAUGAUCCACCAACCGACAAUGCCACAAUUCCUCACGAUGUCUACUUGCUACCAAACCACCGGAGCUUCUUAACGUGCAACUUAACAGGGGCGCAGAUGUUGGCCAACGUGACACAAGGAGGCGGGGAGGGCUUCGAGUUCGUGAUCCAAAAGAGGAAGCCUCACUACUUUGCUUGCGGUCAGCACGAAGGGAGUCAUUGCAGUGAUGGACAGAUGAAGUUCUUUGUCAUGCCAAUGCUCCGUCGUUGGUUUAAAUAGUGGAUACACAUGCAACGAUCGAGACACAGGCAAAAUAAAAUACUGCUACUUGCUACUCUCUCUUUUUAAUUUUUGUUCGUGUCGAGAUCUCAAAUUAAUCACGAGAGUUAAUCUGUUGUUUUUUUUUUUUUUUUUUUUGGUGUGUUUUUUCCCCUUCCCCUUAAAGCCAAUGUGAUAGUUUUUGAUUGACUGAAAUUAUAGUGAAUAAAUGCACCAGUGACUUGGUAUUUGUGUUCU